GUAAGAUUAACUUAUUGAAUCACAAUCAUUCUAUCAAUGUUUGAUGAUCUUAUUUAGUUGGUAUGAUUGGUCAAACAUUCUAAUCUCUUGAAAGAAAUUUUGGCGUUGCAUACUGCAGUUCCAAUUAGUUGUGGCUACAUGGGUAGUGAGCAUGCAACUCCUACAAAUUGUCGUACCAAAAGAGGCAGGGAGCCAGUAACUGUAUAUGGACAGCAGAAGCUGCACAUGUCUAUAAAUAAUAACGUUUGUCAAGAUGAACCUGGUGGGCUAAUUGGAAGCAUUUUGAACCCAAAUCCUGUAUCAACUGGAUUGAGACUUUCAUACGAGGAAGAUGAACGCAACUCUUCUGUUACUUCUGCUGGUGAAAACCUGAAAGCUGCUCUUCCUGGUAUGUUGUCCCUCAGCAAUGGUGUUGGAGUUGAUGUUGAUUUGCCAAAAGCUGAAUUUGACAAUUAUAUCAGAGUUCAGGAAGAAAACAUCACAAAGGGUUUAAGGGAUCUGAAUCAGAGACACACAGCUUCUUUAUUAAAUGCUUUAGAAAAUGGAGUCAGCAGGAAAUUAUGCGAGAAAGAGCUUGAAAUUGAGAACAUGAACCACAAGAACAAGGAACUUGGGGAGAAAAUAAAGAAGGUUGCAAUGGAUGCUCAGUCCUGGCACUACAGAGCCAAGUACAAUGAGUCAUUAGUCAUUGCCCUUAAGGGCAAUCUUCAGCAGGUCAUUGCACAAGGUGCUGUACACGCGAGGGAAGGUUGGGGGGACAGUGAGUUAGAUGAUGCUGCCUCUUACACUAACCAUCAGGGCUUUGCGGGUGGUUCUGGAAAUGUAGUUUCCACAAAAAGACAGCUGAACUGCAAAGCUUGCAAGGUUAAAGAAGUCUCCUUCUUGUUAUUUCCAUGUCGACACUUGUGUCUGUGCAAGGAAUGUGAAGGGUUUAUUGAUGUUUGCCCCGUGUGCCAGGCAAUGAAGACUGCAAGUGUGCAAGUAUACAUGUCGUAAAAGAAAGACAUAUCUGAACACUUGCAAUCGUCAUUGUCUCUUUUUUGAGUGAAUAUAAGUUAUCAAAUGUCUGCAUGAUAUUUGUUAUGCAUAUAAACAGGAUGGGAGUUAUGGUGGUCUUCUUCUCGUUUUGCCCUGAUGGCUUCUCGUGCUGUCUUGCUUUGUACAUUGAAAUCUAUACAUAGCAAAAAUAGCUCUAAACUUGCGAUGAGUUUUCUCUACUGUGAAUAUAUCAAUAUAAAUCUUCAGUUCAAGGAUUUACUUCCAAAUCCUAUUAAAUU